UGUUUCAUGAACUCAAUCCUGCAGUGUUUAAGCCACACUCGGGAGCUUCGCGACUACUGUAUCCAGGGCUCGAUGUACCGGCGGGAUCUCAAUGUUCGCAGCCGCAUGAACUCCGCACUGAUGGAGGAGUUCGCGAAGCUGCUACAGAUGCUGUGGACACUGUCGAGUACGGAGCCGGUCAGCCCAUCCGAGUUCAAGACACAGAUCCAGAAAUACGCCCCCAGAUUCGUGGGGUACAAUCAGCAAGACGCGCAGGAGUUUCUCCGCUUCCUGCUUGAUGGUCUCCACAAUGAGGUGAACCGUGUCCUGACGAGGCCCAAAGCCAGCGCCGAGGAUCUCGACCACUUACCCGAUGAUGAAAAGGGGAAACAAAUGUGGAAAAAGUACCUGGAGCGAGAGGACAGUCGGAUUGUGGAUCUGUUUGUCGGCCAGUUGAAGAGCUCACUGACAUGCAGUGAGUGUGGCUACUGCUCCACCGUCUUCGACCCAUUCUGGGACCUGUCACUCCCCAUCUCCAAGAAAGGCUACGGGGAGGUCUCCCUAAUGGACUGUAUCCGUCUCUUCACCAAAGAGGAUGUCCUGGACGGUGAUGAGAAGCCGACAUGCUACAGGUGUAAAGCCCGGAGAAGAUGCACUAAAAAAUUCACAAUUCAGAAGUUCCCAAAGAUCCUGGUUCUCCAUUUGAAGCGAUUCUCUGAAUCCCGCAUCCGCACCAGCAAGCUCUCCACCUUCGUAAACUUCCCCCUGAAGGAUCUCGACCUUCGAGAGUUCUCUUCGGAGCACAAUGUGAAUGCGGUGUAUAACCUGUACGCCGUCUCCAACCACUCGGGCACUACCAUGGGCGGCCACUACACAGCGUACUGCCGGCACCCGCUCUCCACAGAGUGGUUCAGCUUCAACGACUCCAGAGUUUCCCCGAUGACGGCCAGCCAGGUACGGAGCAGCGACGCCUACGUUUUAUUUUAUGAACUCUCCAGCCCCUCCUCACGGAUGUAACUCCUCUUCUCCCCCCUCCUGCCCCAUCCCCUGCCCCAUCCUCCCACGUACUGGACACAGCCUCGGGGGGGGGGGUGCCACGGUCACAAAGCGACUACAAACAGUGAGGCUUGUCGCCAUCGAUUGCCCCCACGAUGACGCUCCCCUCCCCCUCUCUGUGUCAAAGGUCAGUGUGAGGACACAACCUUGAGUGAGCAAGAGAGCGAGUCGGGGAGGGAGAGGGGAAACUAACUCUUUUCCCCCCUCUCAGCACACAUGUACAACACAAGUGCAAACACACAUGCACUCAGCUGUCUCGGUCUCUCUCAACCUUACACCAGCUCAGAAGGUGGGGAGUGAGGGGAGUGCAGUGCGGGGGCUGGAAACUGUCCUGAAACCCUCUCACUCUCCCGGCCAGGCUGAGAGUCCCCCAAUGCCCGUCCACCCCCACCUAUUUGCAAGAUGUUUCUCUAAGUUGAAGAUUAACCUUGCGCUUCUUUUUCAAGCAUUAAAAAGCUCCUGAAUUGCUACAUAGAAGAAAGACUCCUUCCUGUCCCAGCGCUGAGGCCUCGGGUGGGGUGGGAGUACAUAACGCAUGGAGGGGGGGAUUCUGCACUUGUGUCUGUUCACCUCACACUCACUCAGUAAAGCCAUUCAGUUGUCAGUGGCAGUGAACUCCAGAGGGCAGUAUUCUGAGGUUACACGUAGGAGCUUUACUGCGUCUCUAACCCUGACCUGGGAGUUUGGACGCACAGUUUAGAGGGAGUUUGUUUUCAGAGCCUUGGGUGUUUUUCUGUCAGCUCUUCCCUUGUACAUGCACACACGCACAAACACACGCGUGUGUAUACAUUGAGCCCUCUCCCGUGGUGCAUCCAUACCAGCCUCCCUCGACGCAAUCCAGCUCAGGAAAUUGCAACAAAGGGCUGGAGGGAGGUGUGUGGUGGGAGUGUAGCUGUGUGUUUGGUGGGAAGAGGAGAGCUGUGUGUGUGUGUGUGAUUGGGGGGAGACGGGGAAAGGGGCAAUUGUCACUAUAAUGCAGCUAAUCUCCCCACACUCUCUCUGCUCCCUGUGUCGCUGCCUUGUGUCCACUCCCAGAGUUAUUUAUUUAUUCACGGAGCGUUGAACAGUCUCCUUUCCCACACCCCCAUGCGACGAGAGAGGGUUGAGGUUGCUCGGGCUGGGCUGUGUUGUUAUGUUGUGGGUUUACUAUGUAAACAAGCACAGGAGAUAAUAUUUUAUAUUCAACAGUGAGGAUUUGUACAUAACAUUUUAACAAAGUAAAUCUAUAUUGAUGUAUCCAAUCUGAGGGUGUGAGGGCUCGCUGUGUGCGAGCGUCUGAAUGUUGACAUUACACCGUGGGGUGGGCUCUUGAGUUUUUUCCAGCAGUUUCUGCGGGAUUCCAUGCUCCCAUAAGGAACCAGAUUGUAUUCCGGUUUGGAUACAUGCUUUACCAGCCAGAACGGGGAGGGUAGGUGGGGUGGUCUGGAUUUGAGCUGUUCCCUCUCCCACCAGACAUGGUCUGCAGGAACUAAUUACAUAUUUUCAUUUUUAGUUUUAAAAAAAUCUUCAGCAUGAUUUUCUUUCUCCCCCCACCCCCCACCUUUCCCUUUCCUCAUACUCCCCUCCGCCUCACUCAUGCUCCACGUAGAGUGUGUGUGGAGGGGACCGUCUGGCCCCUCUUUUGUGGGCUCAGGUGACGGAGCUGCUCAGAGACGGUGGUGCUUGACUGUUUGCCCCACCUCUGGCUCACCUUCCUGCUCUCCCUCCUGCCCCCCCCCAGUAAUGAAUGAGGUGGAAACCCUACGAGUGAGAGAGGGCUGUGCCUUGGUUGCCAUAGUAACUGCAGGAGUUUCAGGAAAUAAUCGCCCUCACACACUAUGUUUGUUGUAACUAUUUUAUUUCCAUCCGAAAUGAAAGGGUUAAUUGGAAUGUUCUGGAGCAAAAGAAUAAAACUGCACUUUGUUUACGGA